AGUACAGUCGUUUAUCAUUUAUCGUAAUUCAGUCAAAAUAUUUGAACAGUUUCAAAGGAAAUAGCAUCCUAGAAGUAAACUGCCGCGUAAUUCUCAGUUUUGACGAGAUAAGGAUAGACCACUUCACUGCAAAACAAUACCAUUAAAAUGUCAUUAACCACCGAUCACGCAAACUAAUAAAGACAGGUGAGCGUUAGAGUGAACAUAAAAAUACUACAGAAUAUGAGUUUGAUUAUUAUUAACGAUGUAACAUGAAGCUCUUUACAUGUAGCAAUGUUAAACAAUAACAAUCGAAAUACACACAGUGAACCUCAUCUACCUUGGUUACCGGUACCCAGCGUUUUAACUGAUGGCGAUGAAUUCUCUCUCUACUUUAUGGAAACAGAAAAAUCUUGUAAACAAAUGACAUGGCAUAAAGUUUUCGUACAAAUUGAUUUGUGGGGAUUUUUCAUUUAUUGGAAUUCGAUAGAGCAGAAAGUGGUGACUACAUUGGAUCUCAUGUAUAUUGAAGAUAUUGAAAUGUGUACAGAUAAUGAUGAUUUGUUCGAAUCAAUGGAAACGAGUUUCAUACGACUUCAGGUUGCGUCGGAGGGGCUAUUCGAAUCCAGAAGAAACACGGUCUAUGGGAAACUGAAUAAUGGAAUAUAUGACCAAUCUAGUAUUGUGUUUUUAUUAGUCAAAGAUAAUACUGCGACUCUAAAAUUAUGGAAAGAUAAUCUACUUAGAUUAGUAUUUACUCACUAUCCAACACGUAUUGAUUUGGCACCGUUGGAGUUAUUGUGGAAACAAUGGACACAUUUAAUAAUUGUCUAUUCGAAUCUGUCAACAUGGAAAAAAUCAGAGCAGUUAACACGUGAUGGAAAGUUUACCCUAUCAAAUUGUUGUAUUUUAGCGGCUUUUGGAUUAGAAAGAGAUUUAGUACCCACUCAUAAAACUUAUCUCUCUGAAUGUUCACCAGUGAUAGCGAACAAUGUUAAUGUAGAUUAUUGUAGUGACAGUGAUAAGAUUGAGUCAACUUCACUAGACCAUUUUACAUUCGAUGUUUUCUUUAAUUUGUUCAUUCAUUUUUGGCCACGAGAAGACAUAGCGGAUUUGUUUUCUGCUCAUACUAAAACCAAAGGAUUUAUGAACUGUGAAGAGUUGAAUUCAUUUUUGCAUACUAGUAUUUCCUAUUUCACAAAUCCAAAUAUCUCCGUGAAAAAUUCAAACAAUAUUAAAUCAUUUGAUAAGCAAAAAACAAUGAGACAUAUAAAAUAUUUACACAUUGAACGAACACAAAAUAAUCAGGCUCCGGUAAAAAUAAAUUUAUAUCAGAAAUCACAUUCACGAAUAUCUCAACAUAAUUCAAGUUUAAAACGAUCAAAGAGUUGUUAUACAAACAAUCACAGCCAAAAAUCAGAUAUUCUCAAUUUAACCGAUGACAUUUUAUCUGCCACAACAAGUCCAUUGCAUCAAGAUGCAUCAAGAAAUUCAAUGAACGAUGCGAAAUUCACCUCUUCACCUGUAAUUACUAAUUAUAAAGAAUUUAGUGAGAUUGUUCGACGAUAUGAAACCAAUCAGUAUGCAAUCAGUAAAUGUUUACUGACUAAUGAAGGAUUUUACAGAUUACUCUUAUCUUCCACCUAUCGAGAAUUAUGUGUAAGUUUCAACUCAACUUUUGCCAAUUAUAAUCAACCGAUAGAAUCAAUUUCUACAUUUGACGACCCCAGUAAAAUGAGCCUAGAUGCAUCACAACACCCAUUAGCCCAUUAUUACAUUAAAAGUGCCUAUUUAAACCAUAAAGAAGACAACAGUAGUAAACAUACUGCCCAAUGUAAUCAGGUGUUGAAUGCAGGUAGUACAAUUGCUAAAGAACCAUGUUCUGUGAUUGGUUACGGAGCUAAAUCAAAUAAAAUUCUUAGAACUAUCCGUCAAGCUUUAUUGUAUGGAAUUAAGGCCCUGAUUUUAGAUUGCUAUUAUUUUCCCAGAUUAGUUGGAACCGAAACCAUCAUCUCGAAUGAAUUGGUUGUUGUGCCUACAAGUACAAAUAAAAUACCGACUUGUUUUACAGAAAGAACCUCGCGCGAUACAUUUGACUUAAUGCGAUCUAUUCUGUAUAAGAACUAUCCGUUUGCUUUAUUGAAGUCAGUCCUACAAGUAUUGAGUGAAAAUGUAUUUCUUAUAUCUGAUUAUCCAUUCAUUCUGAUCAUAAAUUUGUAUGGUUUAAGUCAAGAGCAACAAUGUAGACUGGCAAAUUUGCUACAAGAAUAUCUUGGACAGUGGAUAAUGGUAACUCCUCUACCAAGUUAUACCAACGAUUUGAACAGCAAUAAUCAACCUGAAAAGAAAAUCCAUUCUACAUAUUUGAGAUCAGGUUACGCACGUCACUUACCAUCACCGGAAAUGUUAAAAAAUAGAAUCCUCCUAAGUGUUCGUCUAGUUAGAACAACCAAAUCCUUAUCCGAAGAUCAGUCACAAGAACUGGCGACAGAAAUUAAUCACUUAACUCAAAUGACGCUUCCGAAGAAUUCAGAAGUCACUUCACCGUUAGCUGUAUUUAUUACAAAUCCUGAAGGUGAACAAAAGAGCGCAAGUCAAGAUAUAGCGUCUACAAAUAGCAGUCAAAUCAGUCCACCAGCAAAUCACAGGUUGAGGUCGAACAAAAUACAUGAUAAAUCUGGAACUCCAGAAGAUCAAAUUAAUUCAAAUGGUUACCUUCCGAAAGGUUUCGGGAUGUAUACAAAUAAGAUUGUUGAUCGAAAUGCCACAUUUUCCAGCCAAGACGAAGUUAGCCAUCUACACCCACGUCUAGCUAGACUUGUAGUAUUACCGACGCCAGAUUUUCCUCCCGAUGUUUGUGUAGCAUUACAUUAUCACUACCUACUUCGGAACUCCAAGUCGAAUCUUAUGAAUCUCGAUGAUCAACGUCGCUCAGAGUCAAAUAUUUUACGGAGGCUCCGUAUUAGAAGAGAAUCUGAAAAACCAAAACAUGAUUUAGGAAGAUUCAAAGAUACUGACUCUGAUAAUAUUGAUGAAAUUAAUAGACAGUCAAACAGACAACUAGAAGAAGGUGAACUGGUUACUUCUUUAUAUAACCUAAUCACUACUCGAAAGGCACAACUAAAACACGAAUAUAGGAAAAGAAGAUUACUCAAACGUUUAAUGACCAAGGUCUGCGGAGACAAAACUAACCAGAAAAGAUCAUUAUCACGUGAAAGUUAUGCCCCAUCAUCAAACAGGAAAGAUACAUUAGGGUCAAAUGCUCCAGAGGUUCAACCAACAAAAUUGGACUGUCAGGCAGAUAAAACUACAAUAAAACAAAACAAAGGAUGGUUUAAGAAUCGAAUGGGUACUUCUUCGCCUAAACCAGAAGAAAUAAAUACUAGUUCAAAAGAUACUCUAUUGGCUGCAACGGUAAAAUAUGCCCGCCGUUUAUCAAAUGCAUCUGUAUCGAAAUUCAAUUUAUCAUUCAAUUCUUCAUCACGAAAUUCCGAAUGUCAUGAUACGUCGAUGGACUCUUUGAAUAAUCAUAAACAUCUACAACAUGUGAACAGCCGAUUAGAUUCCGAUGAAAACAAAAGGCCCACAGAUAUUUAUGAAGAUGGAGAACAAAAGUAUGAUGAUUUCCAUUCAAAAGCUUCAUCAUUACCUAUGAAAAAACAAUCAAAGCAGAAUUAUAGCAACAAUAAUUGUAAAUCCUCCGAGCCUCAACAUCCUAAACAGCUAAAAGACCUAAAUACAUCAAAAAGACAAUCACGUAAAUCAACAGAAAGCGGACAAAAACGGAGUCCUACUUCUAGUUGCGGUCACUGUUCAUGCAGUAGUGGCAGCCGUAGUGAGAAAGGCUCACCUACACACGAAACUACGCCACGACAAACUGGCCAAACCAAGUUAAAUUAUUUCCGUGGUGGUAUACAAAAGUUAAGAAAUAAAUUUGCAAGUGAAAAACAAAAAUCUUUCGAAAAAUCUGUAUCAAGCUUUCAUUCAAGUAAUAUUAGUAAACUGAGAAAUUCAUGGAGUGAAAGUGAAGCAAGUAGCAUAUCGAGUGAUUCACUAUCCAAUAACAGUGUUUCAACAACUUCAUCACCAACUGUAGAAACUUCAUUAUCAUCAGAUACAGAUUCUUAUAAAAGUAAAAGUAGCACCGAUGAUAGUAUCAGUAGCAGUUCAUCAGAGAACAAAGUGAAUAAAUUGAAAAAUAUUGAAUCACCUAUAAAAACCACUUUCAAGAAACGUUUCCAAACACGAUUUUCAAGUGUCCGUCAUUCGAUUACGUCGUUAAGCAACUUAUUUCAACAAGAAAAACAUCCUAGUUCUAAUAUUUUACAAAGACAAUCAACUUUGGAAAGUCAAGAAAGUGGUCGGUUGUCCACAAAAAAUUAUUGGACCGAUUCUUUAAAAUGGUUUAUUGCAUCAAGAAUUACUAAUAUCUCAUCAGAUGACUUAAUUAAUUUAUUAUCUAGAAAACAGAUGACAAAAUCAUUAGCAAGAUACAAUAAAGAACGUUUAACUUGUGUCUUCUUAUCAGACAUAGAAAAGUCAUGGGAUGUUCAUCAGCUUUUCCGUUCUGUUGGGUGUCAAUUAAUCCCAUAUGGACUAGAUAUAUCAGUAGCCGCAGUUAACUUAGAAAAACCAGUUAGUGUUCGCCAACAAUUAAUGAAGUGCAACCAAAUGGAUGAACUACGGAACAGUUAUGCUUUAUCUGAAAAUGGGUAUAUUCUGAAACCCGCCUUACUGAGAAUACCUACUAUAAAUCGUUAUCACCGUAAACUAAUUACAGCACAUAAAUAUCGGAAACUAUUUCCAAAUUCUGAUCCUGAUUCGAACGAUAUAAAGAAUCAACUAAGUAGUUAUUUAAGGUGCGCUUGCUGCUAUGAUCCAUUAGAUAUUAGUUCAGAAUGUGAGUUAAUUGGUAAAAUUUAUGACGGGAUAACAAAUUUGAACUGGCCAAUAAGUUCAAACGAAGAAGCUCAUUCUUACCUACCAUGGAAUUAUACUCUACAGUUGAUCAACUUUAUGAAAAAUAACAUCUUUUAUCCAGAAAGGUCGCUGGUAACCAAUCAAGAAAACAUGGAAACUGCUGCUUAUCAACAUAACACUGUGAAACCAUAUAAACUGCCCAAACGGUACCGACGGGCAGUUAAUGCAACAGCCACAACGCCGAAACGCCAAAGACAUGCCAGUGCCAGUAGAGUGACUGCAGUAUAUACGGCUGUCGAUUUUAAAAGUCUUCAGUCAACGCCUACAAAGCUUAAUUCCUGUGAUUUAACCCAAGUUCGACACCGAAGCCAAGAAAAUAUUAGUUUCAAGAAAAGCAAUACUGAUUUCCGGGAACAACAUCCAUUAAAUUUAUCAAGAAAUUCAGAAAAUAUAAUAAUUGAGGCUGAGAUCAAAGCUCCACUUUUUAAAUUUUCACAUCUUGCUACAAACACAUCGAAUCGCUUUUGCCAAGUUCCAGAGGAACGUAAUGUAGUACGCUAUCUUCUUUACUCAAACAAUUCAUCUGUUUCUACAGAUAAUCUAACAAUAAAUAACCAGAAUACACUAAGAAAAUCUAAAACGAUAUCAACAUCUCAUGUAUUCUCAUCUAUGUGGAAAGAUAAGGAAAGAACUCUCAUGUUUUCAAGCUUCAGUUCGAUGCCGAGAAGUAGCUCUGAACUUAUGCUAGAUUCUCUAUCCACUCGUAAAGUUACAUUUUCACGUAUCUGUUUACCUGAAUCAAUUUGUAUUAGAAUAAAUACGGAGAGUCGCAGAAAAGAGUGUGACAAUGAUGUAAAGUCAUACAAAAAUAUGAAGAAUGUUAUUGCAUCGUGCAUAAUAAAUUCAAAUAGUCCAUUGAAUAAAGCAUUAACAGGUUUUCAACACUUUCAACUUAAAUUAGUUGAUCAGUGUAAGACAAAAGCACUUCCACGAGAGAGGAAGGCUGAUGUUACAGAAUUCAAUCACAGUGUGUUUCACCAACACUUGAAAGCUGCUAUAGGUUUGCUGAUAUUUUGCAAGAUAAAUAUGGACACGUAUGUACCGAGCUCAUUAGGUGAUCUAAUUGAAACACUGACUAAAAAAUAUGAUACUCAGUCAAGGAGUAUUACCAGCCAUCAAACAAAUGAUAAACAGUACAAUGCUAACUGUUCAAAAAGUCACCUACAUUUAGAUCGCCAACAAAGUAUUAAAGAAAUAUCUAAAAUAAAACAGCCAAUAAUCCGUUCUAAUUCUCUUACUUAUAAAGAUUAUGGUAAAAGCUAUAGAAAAAGUGCCAUUUGAGUGAAUAUAUUUAUAAGGAUUACUUAUCACUGAUAAAAAGAUAACUUUUAUUGCUAGC